UUUCUGAUAAUAUGGCUCACUGGGGAGGAACUAGGGGCCCCCAAGUAAGGCACACUACAAGAGGCACAGUAGUGGUAGUGGCUAAACUUUUUCUAUUUAGAGACUUGGCCUUCCUCCAGGGGGACUCUGGGGAGCACUUGACAGUGCCUUAUGGUGGAAUUCUGUGAUUUCCCCUUUCUGUCCCCUCCCUGUUGAUCAUUUGUGUGACUCUUCCAGUGACACCCACUUUUCUGUUCUGGGUGGCUCAGAGCCCUGCUUCCCUUUGAAAUUGAAUCCAAGUCUUCCAUCUUCUUUGUGACUCACAUCUCUCUUCUCUGUGUGACACUGGACACGACUCUAUUUGCAUGUUGGCAACAAGCAGCUGAGUUUAGAUCACAGAUCCAUGUUAUCUGUGAAGAGGACAGACUAACCUGAAAGAGCCAGAGAGGUUUCCAGAAACUGUGCUCUACAGCAGCCUAAACGGGGAAAAGAAAAGAGACAGGUUCAGUGAAGCAGCAGGUAGAGGCAACAGGUUCACAGGGAGAAAUUUCAAAUCAGCAAAGCGCUUGUACAGCAACAGAAAGAACCAAGAUCAGGUCAGCCUGGAAGCUGGAAUGUCAGGACCCAUCAAGGGGGUGCUUCUCUUUCUUUCUAUCGCUCAGUUUGUUCUGGGAAUGCUGGUGAAUGUCUUCAUUGUGCUGGUCAAUGGCAGCGGCUGGGUCAAGAGCAAGAAAAUCUCUUUAUCUGACUUCAUCAUCACUAACCUGGCUCUCUCCAGGAUUGUUCAGCUGUGGAUUCUCUUGUUUGAUUGUGUAAAAGAUAUAUUUUUUCGCAGUCUAUUUAAUAAUGGGGCAUUAAUUCAAGUUAUUGAUAUUUUCUGGACAUUUACAAAUCAUCUGAGCAUUUGGCUUGGCACCUGUCUCGGUGUCUUCUAUUGCCUGAAAAUCGCCAAUUUCUCCCACCCCACAUUCCUCUGGCUCAAGUGGAGAGUUGCCAGGGUCGUCGUAUGGAUGCUAUUGGGUGGGCUGCUCUUCUCAUGUAGUGAUGCCAUGUCUCUGAUUCUACAGUUUAAGAUGUAUUAUGUUCUCCAGAGAGCUAAUGACUUGGGGAAUGUGACUGAGCACUUUAGAGAGCUAAGGAAUGAAUAUGAGGUGAUCCAUGUUCUUGGGACACUGUGGAACCUCCCUCCCCUAAUUGUGUGUUCGGCCUCCUACAUCCUGCUCAUCCUCUCCCUGGGGAAGCACACGCGGCAGAUGCAGCAGAGCAGAACCAGCACCAGCGACCCCAGCUCCGAGGCCCACAAGAAGGCCAUCAAAAUGGUCCUCUCCUUCUUCUUUCUCCUCCUGUUUUACUUCCUUGCCUAUUUACUCACAUCAUCCCAUUAUUUCCUACGAGGAACUGGAAUGACUAAGCUGAUUUCAGAAGUAAGUACCAUGUUUUAUCCUGCCUGCCACUCGUGGAUUCUCAUUCUGGGAAACAGUAAGCUGAAGCAGACGUUUGUGGAGCUGCUCUGGUGUAAGUCUGGUCAUCGGAAGCCUGGAUCCAAGGAACGCUUUUCCCCGUAAAAUGACAGAAGGGAUAGGAGAGAGCCGUAGGAAGGAGAGAGAGUAAUGCUAACCUGUCCCCACUAGGACACUUCUCUUGCCUCUCUUUGCAUGGUUGUUUUGGAGACCGCAAAAACAGUCUUUGGAAAAUGUCAAUAUAUUUAGAGCACUGUUACUAUGUAGAGAUAGAGUUGUAUUUUAAUAACUAUGCACUCAACGUAGUGAGCUGAUACCUAGCUUUAAGGUAAAGUUUAUACUGACAAUGAUAAACUUUUUUAAGUAAAACAGUCUAGUGGACUUGUGGGGAAGAGCAAAACCAUUGCAGUCCCACAGACUUUGAUUUGAAUUCUGGUUUGUCCAUUUUCUAAGACUUUUGUCCUUAAGUGAGCUACUUUAAUCACCUGUCUAGUCUGCUCAUCCCUCAUUUUAAAAUGUGGACUGUGAGAUCACCUUAGAGAUGCAUGAGACCAUGUGUGCCAGCAUUUUAGCACAGUAUGUUGUAUAAAGUGCUCAAUAGGUAAAGUUCUCAUUGUAACUAGCCGUGAGCUAUGCAGCAGUUGCCACAAGAUGCCAAUUUCCACAACUCCACUGUGUGAUGGCCAGUGCCGAGGAAUGGCAAUCAAGACCCUUGGAUCCUAUUUCCAAUCCAGUCUUCCAGUGAUGAAGUCAUUUUCCUUCUAUCACAAUUAUCCUUGCAUUCCUUUGCCAUUUUGCUAAAGUAAAAUUUCAAGUACUUUUAUUUUUUAGAUUGAGCAAAAGUCCAAGCAUUUUUAAAAUGACCCCAGAUGGACAUCUGCUUUUAAAUUUUCAGAGUUUUAUUUAAAAAUAAUGUAAGUAGUUUUUAUAAGUUUAAUCGAAUUUAGUUUACUACAAUUACAUAGGCAUUGAUUUACUUACCAUUACUGAACAGUGGCUAGAAGUCAAUGAGAAUAUUAUUGCUUAAGAUCACGAAGAAUUAUCAAACUUGUGAACAUAUCCAAGACACAUGGCAGUCCUGAAUCAAAAUUUUAUCACUGAUGGGGCUCUCCCCAGUGAAGCUAUGGGAAUGUGGACCCUGAGAGCCUUGGUUCCAAUCCUGACCCCCGGACCUUCGGAACUAGGUGACUUCAGGGAAGUUCCUUAACCUCUUUCUCUUUCCCUUUUCUUGUUUAUAAAAUGGGAAUGAUAUUUUGUUGGUAGAAUUGUUUGAAGGAAUGGAUGAAUUAACAACAUGAAAAAUGCUUCGAGUCCCACAUGGAGUAAAAAUACUCAAUACA